AUGAGUUGCAGUAUGGUUUCACUUCCUGACCAGACAACAUCACGACAAACACAAAUACAAUUUUGAAAUGAAAAAAAAGGAAGUAUAAAACUCAAGAAAUCAUCAACGCAAGACUAUUACGUUAGUAUUUAAUCGAGCAUUAAUGGUUUGGAUUUGGCUUGGGACCAAAUAUGGAUAAAACUUACCACAAUCAAAGUGAAAGGCUUGAGCACAACUGCCAUUAUGAAGACUAUCGGGUUCCUGCACUAAUUUAUUACAGUGUAAUGUUACCCAUCGGGCUUUUAGUCAAUCUUACAGCUAUUUGGGUAUUUAGUUGUACCACGAAAAAGCGUACAACAGUCACUGUGUACAUGAUAAAUGUUGCACUGCUUGACUUAAUGUUCUUAAUAUCUGUUCCAUUCCGCAUAAUAUACUUUGCAAAACAGUACUGGCCCUUUGGAGAUGUAUUCUGUCGGAUUGUGGGUGCUCUAACUGUGUUUUAUCCUAGUGUUACAUUGUGGUUGUUCGCCUUUAUAAGUGCUGAUAGAUACGUGGCUAUCGUGCAACCUAAGCACAUAAAAGAACUGAAGAACAUUUCCAAAGCAAUGGCAGCAUGCUUUGGAAUAUGGAUAAUGACUAUAGUAACCGCAACACCUUUACUUUUAAUCUAUGAUGAUCCUGAAAAGGAAUUUAAUUGUACUACUUGUUUUAAAAUGUUUGACAUCAAUUACUUUAAAAAGAACAAUAUCUUGAACACUGCUCGUGUGAUAUUCUUCUUCUUCAUUCCUUUAUCCAUCAUGAUAGGAUGUUACAGCAUCAUUAUUUACAGUCUAAUCAGUGGCAAAACUUCUCGCCUGAAUUCAAAAGCAAAGAAGAAAUCAAUACGGAUUAUUAUCACUUUAAUUGUGCAAGUGUUGGUGUGUUUUGUGCCAUUCCAUGUAUGUUUCAUAUUAUUUACAGUUCAAGAUGGACUGGAUCUCUAUAGAUCAUGGGGAAUGCUAUCCACAUUUCUAAUGAAUCUCAGCACAUGCUUGGAUGUUAUUCUGUACUACAUAGUAUCAAGACAGUUUCAAGAUAGAGUUAUAAGCGUCAUACUAUAUAGAAACUACCUACGAAGUGUACGAAGGAAAAGUAUACGUGGAAGUGCUCUCUCUCUGAGUAAUAUCAACAGUGAAAUGAUGUGAUGGUAAAAACAAUGUUUUCACUAUUAUACAGAGAACUAUAUUAAUUGUAUUACUUUGUUGUUAGAAUAAGAAAUGGGCUGUGUUUCUGUUUGAAUUAAAAAAAAGUUUAAUUUCUCUUUAAGAUAUAUAACUGCAGGUUUUUUUAAUCAGUGCCAUGUGGGUUUCCAGGUUUUCUUACUUGUGUUUCCAAAAGAUUUUUAACCAAAAACUAAAAAAGCAAGUCAGCUGCCUUGUCUUACAUUGUUUCAAAAGUCUACACCAUCAGUGCAGAAAAUAG